CAGCUGUCUGUCAAACACGAGCAGUCUUGAGGGGGACGAGCGCCGAAGACGAGCCGCGAGACUAAAGAUGUCACUAACAUCAACGAUUUCCAAACCGGAGACCGAUGGCGAGCUGGGCGUCGACCUGCACCCCGUCUCAACGUCACGCUGUCCGACACAACAUGUUGAGAAAGUCCGUGAGAUCCCAGCAGUGGACGGAGAAGUUAAAGAGAAGCUGCACACCGACUCUGAACGACCAGAGAGGAUCUGUGUGGUUCCGAUCCACCGGCGUCCGGACCUGCUGGCCUCCUGUGCCGACCUGGUCAACUCCGAGUGGCGGAGGAGCCAGGCCGCCCGGGUCCACUCCCUCCAGAAGUCCUGCCCAGAGUUCCCCGUCUGCCUGGUCCUCCUGCGCGGCCGCGGAGAGACGGAGCAGCUGCUCGGCCACGCCCGGCUGUCCCGGGUCGUGGGUCGCAGCAGCAGCCUGUUCGUGGAGUCGGUGGUGGUGUCCGACGCCGAGCGGGGGAAGGGCUACGGCCGGACUGUGAUGGAAGAGGCCGAGCGCUACGCCGAAAGCCGAGGGUUCAAGCGCCUGUGCCUGACGACCCACGACAAGCAGCACUUCUACUCCCACCUCGGCUACGUGCUGUCGAUGCCGGUGCAGAACGCAGGCGCCAUGGCGGCGUUUGUUCCCAUGGAGAUGCUUUUGAGGUUCUCCAGAAUGCAGAGUGAAGAAGAAGAAGAAGAGGCGAACACACAGACAAUGACACGGACAAAGAUGAAUGCUCAGGUACCACAAGGAGGUGCUUGUGUUGUGGGGUCUCCUCCACCUUCUAGUUUACAUCCUCCACCCCCACCACCUCCUUCCAUCCCACCUCCUCCUCUACCUCCUUCCGUCCUUCCUCCUCCUUCCAUCCCUCCUCCUCCUCCUCCUCCUCAGUCUGCGGUGCAGCUUGUAGUUCAGACUCUGACUGAGACUCCCUACAGAGACGCCAAAGGAGUUCCCAUCUAUUGGAUGCACAAAGACAUUUGACAAAGACACACUUGGGAAGUCAUUCCCUCGCAUUACAUGUGUGCGCACAUCAAAAGACAGAAACACACGUACAAGGACAGUAAGCACAUGUACCAUCAAUGGUCUCUGACACACGGAAAACGAGUAAUGGAGGAAAGACACGGUGUGAAAGACAGAAAUGUUUUAAAAAAAACAAAGAAAUGCAAAAUAAACCUGAAUCUUGGUUGAAGUCUGGGUACACUCAACUCUUGUUUUUCCAAAUAACUAGUUUACAUACAGAAUGUUGGCCAGCACUGAGAAAAUAAGACCCAGGUUGUAAAACAGGUGGAUAAUUGCUUACUUCAGCAAAUUGCCAAUGGUUCAAGUCCCCCACCAUUUAAUAUUUACUGUACUUGGGUGUUUUGGCUUCACUGUGCAGAGCGAUGUAGAGCUCAGUUUGACACUAGAAGGCUGCUUUCAUAUCCAUCUGCUGCGCUCAGCUUUACAUCUUAGUUUGAGAUGUUCAAGAGGAUUUCGUGACAUCACAACUAGGUAGGAAACCAAUUCUGGUCCAAAAGGCAACUUAGAGAAGGAAACAUCCUCUGGCAGUAAGACUUUUGAGAUGAACAAUAUUUUCAUAUCGGUAGAUAAUGGAUUUUUCUAAUAAGAGGAGGAGAAGAUGUAGAUUAAAGAAUUCAUAACUACUCAAUUGAACUGUUUUGUCUGGAGGGAAUAUUUUGAAAGCGAGGGGAUUAGGACAAGGACUGUGUUUGGAUGUACAGGUUAACUGUGAAAGCUCAUAAAGGUAAUUUGGAAAAAAACAAACAUAUUUUGGCUCAUCCAAACAACCCAACCAAACGUUACUUUUACCCUUUGAGCAGCUCUGCUAUUGGGAAAUAUUCCCCAAAUCCAGUCUAUACCUGCUGCUAUUAAGUUAUGACUCUGUAAUGUCCGUUGUGAAUGUGCCUUAUUUAAGUGCCAGAGAACUGAAGUCUUAUUAAAGUUCUAAAGAACUGUUUUACAUUGAAAAAAAUUUUAUAAAGCUUUUCAAUUAUGAAACAUUCUGUGAAUAAAUAGCUUUUCUUAACAUAUUCAUUUGUCUUCAUGUUAUUGCCUGUCGGGAUUGUAAUAUUCAAAUAAAUGCUUUACAUGAUGUUAUAAUGAUCUCAGAGCACAAAGAAGCUGUUGUGUGUUAUGUGUGUGUUAGAUUUUCAGUCUAUUUCCAACACCAAGAUGUUCCUCAUCCGUAAAUCUCACGGCCCAUUUCUCUCCUGUCAGGAAGGACGGC